AAUGAUUUUGCUAUAGUAAAUGUUUGCAUUUUGCUUUGUUCAUAGGACACCAUACAGAGUUCCUAGCCCCUUCUCUCCUUUCCUUUCAGUUGCCUCUUUCAACAUACAGGGAGUACAGUGCUAGUAUUCUCAGCCUCAACCACAGAACUGAUGGACAUUGUGGACAUUAGCUCAGAAAUCUUUGUUUUUAAUGUUGAUUGUUGAUACUGCACAGUGAAUUGAAAAAUAUCUUUGCUAAAAUUUUGAAGUGUGUCAACAUGGUGUAAUGCAUAAAUUGCCUAGAUCACCAAUAAUCAAUCUGAAAGUCAGUGGCAUUCAUUUCAAAAUGUGAAGAAUACGUGUUCAAGUGUGAAAAGAUGUGAAGAAACGGAAGUGAAGGGAAAUUCAGUGGUGUGAUACAUAAAGAAGUACAAGAGCAGAGUGCACAAGCCAAAUGAGUAAAGUUAAGGAAGCCAAGAUGGACUCCCGCUCCCUGGAGAAGCGGCUCUCUGUGGUGCGGGAGACUUCUGAGGAUAUCCAGGCAUUGUCUCGGUGGUGUCUCCAGCACAAGAACCACCACCAUUCAAUCAUCCAUGCCUGGUCCAGGGCUGUUCGGAAAUCUAAGGUUCCCCAUCGGCUGACUCUUUUUUAUGUGUGCAAUGACAUAGUGCAAAACAGCAGGAGGAAGAAGAUACAAGACCUGGUACAGCACUUUGCUACAGCCAUCAAGGAGGCAGCACCUCUAGUCAGAGAUGAGAAGAUCCGGCCAAAGAUAAUCCGUAUCUUCAACAUUUGGGAGGAGAGAGGUGUUUAUGAUGCAAAGUUUGUGUCUGAAUUAACAGAAAUUGUGGAGAAUGUGGGCACUGUCAAUGCCUCAGAGAAUGAGGUCGUGCUGUCUACUUUUCAGCCCGUGCAGCUUGUGGAAGGGAUCAGAGGAGUGCUGGCUCUCACCAAAACUACUGAGUCCAUGCUCACAGAUUUUAAGAACCAAGACUUCUCUCUUACUGAUGAGGAGAUCAAUCAACUACGCCAGACUGUCAAAGAACGGGGAACCAGUCGGGAGCGAAUGGAGGAAUUUGAAGAAGCAGUGAUAGCACUGGAAUGCUAUCUGGCUGCGGUGCAGAAGGAGGUGGAAGAGAGGACACAAGUAGUCACUCUUCUGGAGCAGGCAGAAAUUUUCUAUGAGACCCAAAGAGGAGAAGCCAAACUGGUUGCUAAUGCAUACAAAAAUUUUGGGAACCGAGUGAAGUCAUUACACAGCAAGUUACUAGAAAAAGCCAAAACCCUUCCUGAAGGCAGUCCAGUGCCCUCACCAAGCAUGGAUUGCCCCAUCUCCAGAGAAUAGUGAUGAGGAGGACCUCACCCUCCCAGAAUCUGGGUCUUCAGGUUUGGAUUCAUUUUUGAAUUCAUCCAAGCUUGCAGACUUUGCCAAAGAUGCUUUAGGGGGAGGGAAAUAGUGACCUGGAGAGCCGCUUGGCUGCAUUUAGAAAAAAACGAAGUGCCGCCUAGGAAAACUUCGCCCAGAA